AUGGGGCGGCCACGCGCAACCAGCAAUGCGUCGACCAACUCGACCUCGGCGCCUGCGAGGGACCAAGAACUGGGUAGCAUGUACGACUACCUCGCGAAGAUCAUUCUACUCGGCCCUAGCGGCGCUGGAAAAUCUUGUAUAUUACAUCGCUUUGUCAAGAAUGAAUGGCGCAUCCUCUCCUCACAAACCAUCGGCGUCGAAUUCUCUUCCAAAAUCGUGCACCUCGGUCGUCCCCCUCACCGCACCCGCAUAAAGCUCCAGCUCUGGGACACGGCGGGCACCGAGCGCUUUCGCAGCGUCUCGCGCUCCUAUUACCGCGGUGCUGCUGGCGCAAUCCUCGUCUAUGAUCUGAACAGCUGGCGUAGCUUUGAGCAGUUGAGGACGUUUUUGGACGAUGCGAGGGCGCUUGCUGGGCAAGACUUGACUGUUAUCCUUGCGGGAAACAAGGUUGAUGUUGCGGAGGGAGGGGUUGGGGGUGGGGGGGUGUAUGGGAGUUGGGGGAGUGAGGCUGGAGCUGGAGCGGCGGGGAGUGAGGGCGAUGCGAUUCCACCCCCAACACCAAGCAGUCAGUCCAGCAUACGUACAACCACAUCUCUCGGACUCCAAAACUCCGCAACCAUAUCCCCCGACGGCCGAGAAGUGCCUCUCGAGGCGGCAUCCCGUUGGGCGGGCCAAAACGGGAUUCCCGUCGCGGUAGAAGUGUCCGCGCUGAAUGGGGAGAAUGUAGAUGAGCUGUUUAAUCGCUUAGCUAGGAUGAUACUCACGAAGAUCGAGUUGGGGGAAAUCGAUCCCGAUGAUCCGUCAAGCGGGAUACAAUACGGGGAUAUUGGGGGCUGGGGAUAUGCUGAUGACGGGAAUGGGAGUGUGAAGAGCGGGCAAGGGCUCGGGGAUGAGGGGGUGCGGUAUCGACGAAGGAAUAAGAAGGGUGCGGGGGUACAGCUCAGGGAAUGGGAGGAUGUUUUUCGGCUUUCGAAUUCGAGGAGGAGGGGGGGCUGUUGUUGACACACACAUUUGGAUCUCUUUUCAACUCGCAGCUUUACAUAUCGAGCGUUGGCAUUAGACGCACCAUAGCAUUCGUUUGCGGUCUUGGGAUGGAAUGGGGGUUAGGGGGGAGGGGGAGAAAGACUUGCUUGCAUUUGGUACAAUAGCUGUUUGGAUUGAGG